AUGAAGUACGCUGCCAUCCUCGCGACCCUCAGCGGCCUCACCGCCGCGCUGCCCAACCCAGCCGCGGUCGAGCAGACCAAGGCCGUCCCCCGCCGCACCGGCCGCACCAAGAACUCGGGCUUCAACCGCAAGCUCACCGAGUACCCCACCUACUCCAGCAACUGGGCCGGCGCCGUGCAGAUCGGCAAGGGCUUCAACAAGGUGGUCGGCACCAUCACGGUCCCCGAGGUCUCGGGCGACGCCGACGCCGCCGCCUCCGCCUGGGUCGGCAUCGACGGCGACACCUGCCAGACGGCCAUCCUGCAGACGGGCGUGAGCUUCUACGGCGACGGUACCUUCGACGCCUGGUACGAGUGGAUCCCCGACUACUCGCACAGCUUCGCCAACUUCGGCAUCAGCGCCGGCGACCAGAUCCGCAUGACGGUCGACGCCUCGUCCAAGACGACCGGCGUCGCCAUCCUCGAGAACCUCACCACGGGCAAGAAGGUCUCGCACACGUUCACCAGCACCCCCUCGACGCUGUGUGAGACCAACGCCGAGUGGAUCGUCGAGGACUUUGAGUCCGGCGGCUCGCUCGUCCCCUUUGCCAACUUUGGCACCGUGACCUUCACCGACGCCUCUGCUUCGGGCUCGUCCGGCACGGUUACUCCCUCCGGCGCCCAGAUCUUCGACAUCCGGGACUCGAGCGGCCAGGUGCUCACCAACUGCGGCACCAGCGGCAGCGACCUCUCCUGCUCUUACACCGGCAACUAG